AUGUCUGCAGACGAAGAUUCACCGAGAUGGAGCAUCCCAAGGGAAAAAUGGACUGAGGAUGGACGAAUGCUGCUUGAUCCAGAGGCCAUGCAGUACGACCCUUUCUUCCACGACUUCGUCGUCGGCUUCGCCCGCCUAAUCCUCAAAACCUACCGCGAACUGAGCGGCAUGGAUACCAGGCCCUUCGAGGAGACCGGCAUGUACUACAUCUCCGAGCAGCCGGAACAUACGAGACGCUGCUGGUGCCCGCAGCUCCACGAUGAAUCUCAAAAGGCAAGCUGCCCAUUUCUCACGAAACACCCAGGCGACAAGGCGCAUCUUUUUAACCUCAUAGGAGUAGGACUUAAUCGCUCCAUACGUCCUUGCCCCGACCCAGAGACUUGCCACACCGCGACCCACGAGAGCCGCCAUCCGUGCAGAAAUGUGGUAUACUUUGCGUACAAGUACAUGUACUGGUUCAUCACGCACCGAGUACCCCUACACAACGAGAGCGCGAUGAAAGAGAACAUCCCAGAAGACGUCGACUUCUAUCUAGAGAAUACGUUCAGAAAGGCCAGUAUCGCAUCAGGCGACGACGACGGCCUCGAGUCCGACCCGUACUGGCUAUACAGGAAGGCACUCGUCUGGGGCCUUCUCUGGGAACUAGACAAUCCCGAAGGCGCGUGCCCCCAGAAUUCCAGGACACCCAGUGUACCUUGGGAAGAGAACGAGGAAAGGAUGCGGAGGCCGCUGCGGUUUCUAGCGCAUCAGGGCAAGAUGCUGUUGAGGCGGCUCUUCAACGAAUUCACCGCUUCCUACCGCUACCGGGAGGAUUACGGGGUCGAUAUAGGGGAAAUCGAUCUGUGGACGGAGGUUCUGCCACGCGAGAUGUGCUGGAUGUCAAUUGAGUGUAAUAAGAGUAUCCCAGAAGCACCUGCAGCCGAAGAGGCACCCCGUGGUAACCUCAAGCGACCCUUCCCUUACGGCGACUCAGACAGCCAGUCCCUUGAGCCAAAUAGCAAGAAGAGGAAUUUGUGCCGUGAGAUGCCGUCCAUGUCAACCCCAGAAACCAGUAGUCCUACUCCAAAUGGCAAUCCUGAGACACCACGUGCUAAGCUCAAGCGAUUCUUUCCUUACAGCGAAUCAGACACUUACUUGCUGGACCGACAUAGCAACAAGAGGAAGCGAACGGGUUAG